GUUCAAAAUAGUAAUACGCAAAAUAAGAUAUAGAAACUUUCUUUAAAACCAUUAUUAUCAUCUGAAAAUGUCAAUUUUAUACAGUUGUGUGAAUCAAGGGAAAGAACUUCUUACGGAAUUCCCAAUUGAUGAGCACCCCCAGUUAGCGGAAACGAUGCAGAGGGUGAUCGCGACCAUUCCCCCCAAUGAGUACCGGCGGAAAACCGUCGAGGAUAAGGAAGGGGGGGUAAAUUAUAAUUAUAUAAGUAAUGGCGAAGGACUCAUCGUCGCCUGCGUGGCGACAAGCGAUAAGCGAAUGCGGAUGGUUUUCGCAUUUCUAGAAGCAAUUGAGCCGUUAAUUCGCGACAGUAUUGGUUCCGAAGGGUCGGAGCUUCGAAAUGGCAAGAAACUUCUCCGACAAAAAAUGGAUUAUUACAAUCAUCCAGGUACCGAUAAAAUCGUGGCCAUGAGUGAUGGUAUCGACCAGAUCGUCGAGGUGAUGAGGGAGAACGUGGAGAAGGUCCUUGCGCGCGGUGAGAAUUUGGAUUUACUGGUGGACAGGGCUACUAAUUUGUCUAACCAAGCUCAAGAAUUUAACAGAUGCUCCUCGCAGCUUAAAAGAAAUCUCUGUAUAAAGAAUCUUAAGUUAACGUUAAUGAUUGCCGGUGUUAUUGUUAUUUUUUUAAUUAUCAUUCUGAUGAUUAUUUGCAAGCCAAAUUUCUCCAGAUGUAGUUAA